AUGAUGAAGAGGGUUUCCCACACAGAGCAAUUAAUGCAUGACUAUCAAGUUGAAGCGGACAACUGGAGGGAGCAGUAUGAGAGUCUCCAAAUUGACGUGGAAGUGUUAGAAGAGAGUAAGUGUACCUUGGAGCAGCAACUGAAGGUUUUAAGCUCAGAGUUAGCAGUCGAGAAGGCAUGCUCAAGUCAAGCUGAUAAGGACAAGAAUCUCCUUGAAGCAUCUUUCUCCGAGCAGCUUUCCAAAGCCAGUGAAGAAAUCAGAGAAUUGAAGGCUUUGCUAAGUAAGAAAGAAGCUUAUGCUGGUGAACUCGUACAAACACUUUGUCAGACCCAGGAGGACCUUCGUGAGUCUUCUACCAAGGUCAGCUUUUUAGAGAGUUCACUUGCUCCUUUGCAAGCUUCUUAUGAUUCUGUCCUGGCUGAAAAUGAAAAGCUUAAAGACGAGAUUGAUCAAUGGGAGAAAGAUUACGAGAUUCUUGAAGACAAGACUGCAAUUGAAGUGAGUUGGGCAAUUCUAAACACCCGCCGUGAUACCCUGAUGGAAGUUAGCCAAGAGGGCUUUACAAGGCCAAACUUUCCUUCUCCCAUGGGUGAUAUUCCCGAGCACAUCGAAGAUGAAAUGGGUACGGUGGAUGCUCCAACUCCUUCAAGCCAUCCCGAACCUUCUGCUGCUCAUGACCCUGUUUCAGAUCCUUCUUCAGCCCCUCAGUGA